ACUACGUCUUACAUAGGACAAUCGAAAAAGAAGCAUAUGGCUGUUUAAUAGAAUUCGAAUAAUUAUAACCAUCACCACUUUUCAAGUCACUAACUUCAUCAUGGCUCCAUUGAAAAUUGCUGUGUUAGAUGACUACCAAAAAUUCUCUCAGAACCCGUUCAAGGACUUACCGACCUCUGGGUAUGAGGUGGCGAUAUUCACCGAUACUCUACUUCCAUUCAACCACCAUGAUACUCCUCAAGAUGCCAAAGAUGCGCUAGUUAAACGCCUUGAGCCGUUCGACAUUAUUUCCUCGAUGAGAGAGCGGACGCCAUUCCCGGAAGAACUUAUCAAUCGGCUCCCAAAUCUUAAACUUCUCCUCACUACAGGUAGUCGCAAUGCAUCUAUCAGCGUGAAGGCAUGUUCCCAGCGCGGCAUCCUCGUGGCUGGUACUGAUGUGAAAGGGCCAAGUCCAGACUCUACGACACAGCAUUGUGUCGCAUUGAUCCUUGCGCUUGCCAGAAACAUACCGCAAGACGAUGCUAUCAUGAAAUCUGGAGGUUGGCAGACAACUUUCGCAACGGGAUUGGCAGGGAAGGUGUACGGCAGUAUUGGCCUUGGUAGAUUAGGAGUGUCUGUCUCGAGGAUCAUGCACAUAGCCUUUGGGAUGAAGGUCGUGGCAUGGAGCCCAAACUUGACUCAGGAAGCUGCCGAUGAGAAAGCCAAAGCUGCUGGAUUACCUGUCGAGGACGGAGACGGAGAGAAGACGUUCAAGGUAGUUGGUCGAGAUGAAUUGUUUUCCUCUGCAGAUGUAGCUGCUGUUCAGCUGGUCCUCUCGGGCCGGUCUAGAGGUCUAAUAACAGCAAACGAUUUAGGAAAGAUGAAGAAUUCGGCGCUAUUCAUAAACACUUCACGAGGACCGAUAGUGGUAGAAGAGGAUUUACUCGAGGUAGCUAAGAAGGGAUCAAUACGUGGCAUAGGGAUUGAUGUAUACGAAAUCGAGCCACUACCUACGGCUAGCGAGUGGAGGACGACGAAAUGGGGGGAAGGAGGUAGAAGUCGGGUGGUUUUAACACCGCACAUGGGCUACGUCGAGGAGGAACAUAUGACGGAGUGGUAUCAGCAGCAGGUGCAAAACAUAUUACGAUGGCAGAAGGGCGAAGCAUUGGCCACUAUUCUCAGUGAUGAUGGAUACUAUGAAGCGUUACGCUUUAUGAAUUAAACUAGAAGUUACAGCAUUGCACUUUCCGUAAAUACCUAGGUACCUUAGGUGCCUAGGGUAUCUAAUAUGUAAUGUUAAAGUGUGAUUGUGGUUGAUCUGUGGCCUUGGUAAUAAUUAGUUGAAGCCAGCAGCAUGUUGCUGUUGUUACUACUGUUGUUGCUGCUGCUGCUGUCUGGUGACAGCGGGUUCAAUGUUAGUUCCUGGGGAACUAACAGAGUACCUAACCUGGUAGGCACCUACCUUAGGAUGUAUCAAAGUACUUAACCUAGGUUAGUCAAGUACUAUGCCAUCGUGACUUCCUAAAACUAUAUAAUUCACGCUGAUUUUAACUCCUCCUGCCUACCGCGUCUUGCGUCAUUUUUUAUUAAUGUUCCUUUCCAAACAUUGUGCAUCUUUCUCCCUCUUGGCGCACAUCGCCAUUUAUCUUCCCACAAAUUUCUAUCUACUCCUUGGUUUA